AUGUCGCAACGAGAGACCAACGCCACAUCCACAAGGCGACGCCCCUCGUUGUCGUUUCGUUCACGCCGACGGACCGUGAGUCAUGCCGCCCCGGUGUCAAAAGAGCUGGCUUUGGACACAUGGGAGGAGCCAUACUUGGUGGAAAUAUGCCAGGAUGACUGCGCACCGGUCGUGGAAGAGAUAGACCCAUUCCCGAACGCGGCUCCGCGGCGCCGCGGAGCCAAAAGCUUUUCGAGUUUGAAGCAUCCUGUGGAUGGUUUGGUCGCUCUCGGCCGCCGCCUGUCCGUCAGUAUUCGCAACAAGCCUUCUAAGCAAACGAUUCCUCUCACCGAGGACAUCAAAUUGGUUGAUGACGAUGAAGACCGUUACUAUCACCAAACUUCGAGCCAUGCAAACCAUAAGCGCAUGGCCUCCGGUAGCUCGGAUGUUCGGUCCACGAAACCACAUUGGCACCAGGGCUACAGCGUCAAUCGGCGCCCUUCUUUGAAUAGUGUGUCUGCCCUGCAUAGUUUCUAUGCCCCCACUGCCUCGAUCCCUGCCCCCAUCCCGGGCCGUGGGCAGGCACCUCCAGUUCUGCCGAAUCACCUGUUCUCAGGUGCCGCCGCGCGCGCCGCAGCCGCAGAGCAGAAUGAGCGGAUGGAGGCUGCGCGGAUGGCUAAGGUGGAACUGGAGAACAAGAUGCUAGAUCUGAGGGUCCCGCUUGACUCGGAGAGCGGUAUUUGUAUUGACUUGCGCGAUCGAUCGGAUGUGUCAGACACCGAUUUGUUGGCUAUGAUGCGACUCGAUCCCGUGGCUCUGCUUCCGGCUGAGAUUACAUCGCACAUUUUGUCAUAUUUGGACCCUGAUUCCCUCAUGGACGUGGAGCUGGUGUCUCGCACCUGGUUCCGUGCGUCCUCUUCUCAUGUUUGGAGGCAUGUAUUCCGCAAUGCAUAUGGCCGACGGCCAGCAAGCGAGACAGCCUCCAAGGUGAAGCUGUCAUCUGGCUUAGGGAAGUCAAUCCCGAACCAGGACUGGAAGAAGAAGUUCCUUGUUCGACGCGCUCUCGAUCAGCGCUGGAAGGAUGGCAAGGCUGCAGCCAUUUAUCUUCAAGGUCAUGAGGACAGUGUCUAUUGCUCUCAAUUCGACGAAAACAAAAUCAUUACUGGCUCCCGUGAUCGGACGGUUCGUGUGUGGGACGCACACUACCCAUGGUCAUGCCAGAAGAUUAUUGGGCCACCCGCGGCCCGGACUUUCCGUCGUGGUCCAGUGAAUAAUCCAACUUCCCAGGCCACGGGGAAAGCCCCCUUUCUGACUAUUACCCCGCCGUGGCCCACGCUAGAUGAAACGAUGGAAAUUAUGGCGCCACUGGAGGAAGAAUCGAUAUACCACAGCGCAUCAAUCCUGUGCCUGCAGUUUGACGAGGAGAUCAUGGUCACAGGGUCUUCGGACUUUACUUGUAUCGUGUAUGACAUCAAGGACGAUUACCGACCGAUUCACCGUCUUUCCGGCCACCAUGCCGGUGUGCUUGAUGUGUGCUUUGAUGACCGGUACAUCGUCUCAUGCUCCAAGGAUACCACCAUCUGUGUGUGGGACCGAAACACCGGUGGGCUUUUGAGGCAGCUCAACGGUCACCAAGGGCCAGUGAACGCUGUGCAGCUACGCGGUGACCUUAUAGUGUCAGCCAGCGGUGACGGUGUUGCCAAGAUGUGGAACGUGGUCUCCGGCCAAUGUGUCAAGGAGUUCACCAGCAAGGACCGUGGCCUCGCAUGUGUCGAAUUUAGUGACGAUGGCCGGACCAUCCUCACUGGCGGUAACGACCGCAUAAUCUAUCAAUUCGAUGCUAACACGGGCGAGCUCGCUAACGAGCUCCACGGGCAUUCAGGCCUCAUCCGAUCUCUGCACCUCGAUAGCGCAAAUAAGCGCAUCAUUAGCGGUAGCUAUGACAUGAGUGUCAAAGUGUUCGACCGUGAUUCAGGUGACCUGUCCAUCAACUUCCCUGGCUGGACCACAAGCUGGAUGUUGAGCGUGCAGUCCGAUUAUAGACGCAUUGUUGCGACGAGCCAGGACUCCAGGGCUGUCAUUAUGGACUUUGGAUAUGGAUUAGACGGGAUCGACCUAUUAGAGGAGUGA